AUGACGACAGGUUCGACCCUUGAAUGGUUCGGUGCCACGACAUUCCGUCUGCGUACACGAGGCGUCACCAUCUUCCUUGACACCUGGCUAGACAGGCCCUCGAUCUUGAAAACGUAUCUACCAGUUGAUGACGUCGAAGAAGCUGACUACAUCUUCAUCUCGCAUGCCCAUUUUGACCACCUGCCUGGCGCAGAUCGCAUUGCAAUCAAAACUGGCGCCAUCGUCAUAGCCAACAAUGAAGCCAUCAACCUCCUAAGAGAGGCCGGCGUUCCAGAACAUCAACUCCUCCCUGUUCAAGGCGGCGAGCGGAUUCCACUGUUCACUCGUGAGACCUGGAAUAAAGCCAAUGCUGAUCCAUCGUUGCUCUGUCCCGCUCCUCCUGGAGCACCUCGACGUCCGCUAGAUGAACUCGCAGCAUUCUCAGUUGACGUCUGGCCUUCAUUGCACUGCAUGAUGCCUACAGAUCACCCUGAAGUUAUCGACACAGCGACCGUAUACAAGGGCUCAGCGAGUCCAUACAGUUGCACGCUUGAUACCACCAUCGGUAUGAAAUAUGGUUUGCUCAAGAUCGGAGAACUCAUGCCACCCGAGAAACUCACGCCUGGUCACCGCUCCUUUAUUGAGUAUGUAGCUGAUCGAAAGCGUAACGUGUUUUCUCACAGCGAUGGCGGGCAGUUGAUGUUCAACUUUGUCAUUGGUGAGAAAGCAUUGCUUUGGAGUGCACACUUAGGCGGCUAUGAGGGUAUUCUGAGAGACCUACAGCCAAAACCUGAUGUUGCGAUAAUGGCUAUUGCUGGAAGGGCGAAUCUCAACGGAAGACCUUUCGAUGGGUCAGCGGCUGAGUUUGCUGCUUUGAAGGUUGGCUGGCUUGGGAGUCCGUCUCAGGUGAUCUGGUGUCUACAUGACGAAGCAUGUAUUCCACCCUGGAGGAUAAAGACUGAAGCGGCGACGAAGGCGGUCGAGGCGAAUGGUAAGACAAAAGUCUUGACGAUGGACUUUGUUGAGCCUGUCACGUUGGAUCUAUAG